AUGAUAAAAAUGCAUCAUCAUAUCACCAAGACCCUGGGCAUGAUAUUCCUCUUCACAAACAUCGCCCUCGCAAACGUGGAAAAGACCAUCUUCCUCGCACCACACCCAUCAACAGUCCCAUCUGGACAGCCCGAUCUAGAUGAUCUAGGGUUAGAACGACUUUCACCCGAAAAUGCAGCUAUUCGAACUGAGCUGAAUGCAUCAUUCCCAUCUCCAGAGACGCCAGAGGGAACAGACUCAUGGUUUUUUCUCGAGAACCUAAAGCCUGGACAGCGAUAUGAAGUCCGAGUUUGUUAUCUAUCUACGCAACCAACAUCCUUCACACUUUCAACAUACCCCCUCGAAAAAACAAUGGAUGAUACGUCCCUCCUCUCAUCCCUAAGCAUUUUCUCCACAGCACGUCUCGCCACACUAGACGAACGCUUACAAGAGAAUCUCAUUCUGCGGCAAGCAUCAGUUCGCAGCGCAAGUUCAAGUUCCUCACCAGAUACAUCGAUUACAACAGACUCGGUAUUAUUCCUACGUAUCCGUGCUGCGGCAGAGUACUUCAGUCAUGAGAAAUCAUUAAUGGAGACUGUACCGCCCGUGGCGGUGGAUUUAAUUUUGGAUCCGUUUUUGUGGAAUGUUUUCCCUCGCUCGCUUGUUCCGACGGCGUGGUGGGUUGGAGUUGUUGCGCUUGUUGCAUUUUUGGUUGCGAGGUGGAUUGGUGGGGAGAUUGGGAGAAUUAUUGGGGGCGCGAGGGAGGAGAAGGAGAGGGAGUUGAAGUCUGAGGCUCGGGAGGAUAAGAAGGGGAAGUAG